GAUGCUGGAGUGAAUACAUGUGAUACAAGUUAUGAAGUGUUUGAUUUUCCCUAGGAAAAUGAUAAUUUUCUCACAUCAGAAGUGGGAUUCAACUCGCUAAAUGGACCACAGAAGAAAUACAUAGUGCAACCUGACUUAUUUCGAGUGUGCGUGCGUGAGCAAUUCAUUGUCCUGAGCGUAUAUACCUAGCGAGCGUUACUUUUGGCAGUGAUACUUGAGUGCUAAAAGUCUGUCGAAAUGGAGGAAUUAACCAGUGUUUUAACCGCAGUUCUUCGAGGAAUUCAGCAGCCACCCCAACAAGCCGCAGCGGCGCCGGUGGUGCCAGCACCCUCUGCGCCAAUUAACAUUCAAGCUUUCGAUCCCUCAAAAAGCGAUGCGGGAGCGAUGGGUUGGUGCGAUGAUAUGGAGACCUUGGCGACCACGUUCAAGUGGACUGAUUUUGAACAGCUUUGCAGAGCCGCGGGUGCCCUGGAAGGUGACGCAAAGGAUUGGUAUGACAACUGGCACCCAUCAAAUAAAGUUUGGGCUAGUUUGCGGGCCGAGCUUUGUCAGCUUUAUCCUGCGAAGAGGAAUCUUAGUGAGCGGUUACGUAAAGCUAGUAUGUACAGAAGUGAUCAAGCCACGGGAUAUUGGCACAAAGGGAAUGAAAAGGCGGUUGAGCUAGCCCCACAGGAUGCGGCAAAUCGCCUCAUUGGUUCAGAGCCUUUCUGUGGCGUGACGAGAACACGCACUAAACAGUCCAUGAGAAAUUGGACCAAGAAAAAGUCCUUAGAAUGGUGGAACAGCCAAUUAGCGCAAAGUCAGGCAAAAGAGUUCAUCAAAGAAGAAAGGCCCGCGUUUACAGGACACCUACUCGGAUUUAGUAGGAAAGUCAAAAGGCCAAUACUGGGCCUCUUUACAGGAGAACGCUCAAAAUAG